UAUAAUACCAAUAAAUAUUUCAAAUAUGGCUGCCAUACAUCGAGAGGCUAUCCAAAAGCAAAUUCAGCAAGAUUGGGCAAAUCGAGAAUAUAUCGAAGUUAUAACUGGUAGCAUCAAAAAAAUAACUGAUUUCCUUAAUUCUUUUGAUAUGUCUUGCCGAUCAAGAAUAGCUGUUCUUAAUGAAAAGCUUACAACACUAGAAAGAAGAAUUGAGUAUCUAGAAGCAUGUGUUACAAAAGGAGAAACAUUAACCUAAAUAAAUUAUUAAUGAAAUUUGUAAUAUUUUAUGAUUUUUAUAUUUAUUGAAAUUAUAUAUGAAUAAAUAUACAAUAAUGAUAACAAUAUAUAUUACAUUCUAAUUAUAAAGUCUAUUAUAUGUAUUGUUAUGUAUUUAUAUGUAUUAAAUGGAAGGAACACUAAAAAAACUA